AAAGCAAAUUAUUGCUGAUUUUUAUGUCAACUUUAUAGGAUUCCAAUUCCUUUACUUUAGGGAUAGAAUAAAAAACAAAAUAUUAAUAAUAGCUACUUUUAAUAUAUAUUUUCUUACUAACAUUUUUUCUUCCACUUGAGAGAGAUUAAUACAAUGAAUGAUUGGGCUCCUCCUCUCAUAGCUGCAGCACUGUUUUGGCUAUUAUCACCAGGAAUGAUCUUUCAGCUUCCAGGAAAGAAUGCACCCUUUGAGUUUAUGAACAUGAAGACAACUGUUGCGUCAAUUUUUGUACAUGCUGUUAUUUAUGGUUUGCUUCUUAUGUUGUUCUUUGUUGUUCUUAAUGUUCAUCUUUAUAUCACUUAGAUCAUGUCUUAAUAGUAAUAAUAAUAUGUUACUUUUGAUU